UCCAUGGCCGCGCUGGCCUGGCUGCUGCCUCCGCUUCUGCUGCUCUGCGCCCAACAGCACCGCGGCACCAGAGCCAUGAAUGACAUUGGUGACUAUGUUGGCUCCAACCUGGAGAUCUCUUGGCUCCCCAACCUGGACGGCCUGAUGGAGGGCUAUGCCCGGAAUUUCCGGCCCGGCAUUGGAGGGCCCCCCGUGAACGUGGCACUUGCGCUGGAGGUGGCCAGCAUAGACCAUAUCUCGGAGGUGAAUAUGGAGUACACCAUGACCGUGUUCCUGCAUCAGAGCUGGCGGGACAGUAGGCUCUCCUACAGCCACACCAAUGAGACACUAGGCCUGGACAGCCGCUUUGUGGACCGGCUCUGGCUCCCAGACACCUUCAUUGUCAAUGCCAAGUCGGCCUGGUUCCAUGACGUCACUGUGGAGAAUAAGCUCAUCCGGUUGCAGCCUGACGGGGUGAUCCUGUACAGCACUCGAAUCACCUCCACGGUGGCCUGUGACAUGGACCUGGCCAAGUACCCCAUGGAUGAGCAGGAGUGCAUGCUGGACCUGGAGAGCUAUGGCUACUCCUCUGAGGACAUUGUCUACUACUGGUCGGAGAACCAGGAGCAGAUCCACGGGCUGGACAAGCUGCAGCUGGCCCAAUUCACCAUCACCAGCUUCCGCUUUACCACAGAGCUGAUGAACUUCAAAUCAGCUGGGCAGUUCCCACGGCUCAGCCUGCGUUUCCACCUGCGGAGGAACCGGGGUGUCUACAUCAUCCAGUCCUACAUGCCGUCCAUCCUCCUGGUUGCCAUGUCCUGGGUCUCCUUCUGGAUCAGUCAGGCUGCAGUGCCUGCCAGGGUGUCUCUAGGCAUCACCACAGUGCUGACGAUGACCACACUGAUGGUCAGCGCCCGCUCCUCCCUCCCACGGGCCUCGGCCAUCAAAGCUCUGGAUGUGUACUUCUGGAUCUGCUAUGUCUUUGUGUUUGCUGCCCUGGUGGAAUAUGCCUUUGCCCAUUUCAAUGCCGACUACAGGAAAAAGCAGAAGGCCAAGGUCAAGGUCAAGGAGCAAAGGGCUGAGAUUGAUGUGAAGAAUGCCAUCGUGCUGUUCUCCCUGUCCGUGGCCGGUGUCAACCAGGAGCUGGCCAUCUCCAACAGGCAGGGCCGUGCCCCUGGGAACCUUAUGGGCUCCUACCGCUCUGCAGAGGUGGAAACGGGGGAGACUAAGAGGCAAGAGGGGACCCGCUCGGGCGGCAUGCGGGCACUCUUCAAGCCCAUUGAUGCGGAUACCAUCGACAUCUACGCCCGUGCAGUGUUCCCAGCAGCCUUCGCUGCAGUCAAUGUCAUCUACUGGGCAGCCUACACCAUGUGA